AUGCAACCACCAUCAUCCUCUCCUUUGCAUCAUGUGGUUCUGAACAGCAAUAACAAUACUACUGCACAUCAUCAUCAACAUCUGAACAACAGUAACAUGUUGCUUAACUUUGCUUAUCAAUCAUCGUCCUCGUUAACACAACAACAAUCAUCAUCAACGCCGGAUCAUGGACUCUCAUCAUCCAAUUACCAUCAGGUGCAGCAGUUCAGCUCUGAGCCUUCCUCUUCCCAAAUAAGUCAUUACAGCAACAAUCAUAAUUAUCAACCAAACAACAACAACCACCACACAUACAUCUCAAUGAGCCAUGAUCAAAACUUCCAAAACAUCAACACCAACCACAUUCAACCACAUGCUCAACCAUCACCCUCAGUGAUGUCAAUGAUCGAGAAUGUGCCAUCCUCCACAACUCAUAACUUAAUCAAGAAUGAGCCUUUUUCAACAUCAUCCUCGACAGAAAACUUUUAUUAUAAUAAUCAUAGUAGUACAAUGAGCAACCCAAUGGUGGACAAGAAUGAACAGCAUGCUGGUUUGUUUGACUCUUUAUUUCACAAUUCGCACCAACAAAACACUCAUCACUAUCAAGGUAAUAGUGACCCGAAUACUAAUUUGGGUUUACACAAUUUCAACAUUCACCAAACCAAUGUGGAUGUCAAUAGUGGAAUGAAUAAUACCAUUGUGGGUACAUCAUCAUACGCAACAGCAAACAACACUGCUUCAUUGGCAACCAUACUCAUGAAUCAAACGUCCCAGCAGCAAGGAUUUACUAAUCAUUCUUUGGGCUAUUCACAAAUUUCUUCUCAAAACAACCUUUCAAACAUGAAUAAUAACACUUGUGGAAUGGUGGAUCUUUUGAAUUCAGAAGGAACGACAGUAACACCCAAUAUUUCCAAUUCCACACUUUAUACGAAUCACAAUAUGAUAGGAGUCACAAACAAUUCUCAGCCAGGAACAAUGGAUCAAACGUUCAUGAAUCAACAAACAGGUUGUUACCAACAAAAUCAGCCUUUUCACUUUCACAAUAAUGUUCAAAAUAAUUCAAGUACUACAGAUUCCUAUUCACAACAAGGUCUUACCUCUCAAUAUCAAGCUCUUCAAACUCCACAACCGCCCCAAAUGCCAUCAUCUUCAUUUACUCGACCUUCCACUACUCAUGAUGCUGCUUUGUUGGACGAUGAGGAUUUACAAGAAAAACCAAAAAAGAAAAACUCGAAAAAGAAAGCUUCCAAGUCAGCAAAUUCACCAAGAUCAUCCACAUCGUCAUCACCAUCUGCUUCUCCAACCAUGGUAAGGAAACAUAGAAAGAAUAUUGCAUUUGAGGAUAUUGCAGCGUGUUUUGAAAUGCCAAUCAGAGACGCAAGUCAAAUGCUGGGAGUGAGCUUGACACAGUUGAAAAGAUUGUGCCGAGAAUUCAAAAUACCUCGGUGGCCAUAUCGAAGACUGAAUUCUAUACAAAGAAGAAUAGAGGUUUUACAAAUCAUGCAACAGAGAUCAGAAACUAAAAAUGAUGAAAAAUCAGUACAACAAACACAGAUGGAAAUUGACAAGUUACAACAAGAAAUUAUAGAGCUGAAAACAAAUCCUUCUCCCAACUUGAUAUCAACAUUACUUAAUGAUGGGACAUUAAUGACAAGUGGCUCUGUACCUUCGAGCAGUACUGAAGAUUCUGGAACUCCUUCAUCACUGAACGAUCAAUUUUCCUUCCCAACUCAAGACAUUACAAGAUCCCCAUAUAACUCUCAACUCCAAUAA